GCUUCCAAAGUCGCACUUGGCUCAGUCUGCAGCAAACGUCGCUCGAGACAAGACAACACAACAUUCGACUUCGGCUCCAGUGCGGCGCAUUACCACGCGACUCGUCAGUUUCCGCGAUUCCGUUCGUUCUGCCGGUUCAGCUUUGAUAUACUAACAGACUAUUCCUUUUUUGCACAGUCAAUUGCUGAAAUAAUACCUUGCAAGGUAGCAAAAAAUCCGUCCGUGUUGCACAAAAAGCUCCAGACGCGAGUGACAACAGAAAUGCUAAUUGAACGAUCCUCAUAAACCUCGAACGAUUGCAUGCAAAUAUCGAUAAAUAAUUGAUUGUAAGUGUGGUGCGGUGCGGUGCAAAGUAAAGCAAGAAGAUAAUAAUCGGGAAGCUGCAAGCGGCAGGUAUAAGUGGCAGUAAUCCACAGGCGCACACUUCAGUUAUGGCAACGCAAGGACCGACAACGACUGCCGGGGCCACCCCCGCCAUAAUGACAUCAAGGCUUGCACAGAUGCAGAUGCGCUUUCAGCAGCGUCAACAGCAAGAACGUGACCAGCGCAAAGUGGAAAUGAUAUCGACAGCCAGCAAAACGGCGACCAGCAGCUCGUCCAAUACGACAGUGACCCAUGGCGGAACCGGCAGCAGCAAUAGUACCGUCCGUUCCUCGGCCAUCAGUGCCUAUACAUCAACCACGGUCAGUGGUAGCCAUCAUUCUCCCAGUGGCUCCGGCACGGGCGAUCUCUCCGCAACACUGGGCGCCGGUAAAGUUCGCCAGAUGUUCGAUGAACGACGUGCCCAUCAUCGAGUGACGGGAAUCGACAAAAGUUACCCUCUGCAGCCGAUCCAAUCGAAAGCGGUUGCCAGCAACAACAAUAACUGCAUCAGUAACGGCGUUGCCAAUGGAAAUACUGCCAAAUCCACUGCAGGAACGGCAGGCGCUGGUCUUAAUAACAAAACACGUGUACCGCCCAUUUCGGCCAACACAAAGGCCCGCUUUGCGAUGCAACCGCGGCAGCAGGACAAUGGAAACGACGAGACAGGAAAAAAUUCCACCUUCGACGACAACGAAAACUUUCUGGAGGACGAGAAAUUUCCAGAUACCAUUUCCUUCGACGAUGACCCGUCGUCGUCACUGGCUUUCGGAAUACCGACCGGAAAUCAUCCGAUUACUAGAAAGCCUACCAGUACGAAUAAAUCCGGUGGUCCCGCCCAAAACGUCAACAGCUUGAAACUUAAACCCGUCCCGGGUCGGGUCCCGCUGGGAACCGGUAUCAAGCAACCGACCGCAACGAAACCCGUCUCGAAGAAGCAACCCUCGCCAACAGCAGCCCAACCAACAACAGCAUCAGCAGCACAAUCAUCACCAACUCGUGGAGGUUCGAGCUCUAACUCCGCUAAAUCCUCGCCAUCGCGACCAUCGACCGGCAAAUCAGUAAUGGCCAGUGCAAGUAGCAUCACACGGAAAUCACCAGUGGCACCUUCGACAGUCGUAGACGGUCCAGUACCGGAGGGUCUAACUAGAUGCGAUAUUUGCAGUCGCAACUUUGCCGAUGACCGCAUAGCCAAACAUCGGGAAAUUUGCAAGAAAACUAAGAGCAAAAAGCGCAAAGUUUUUGACACCACCAAGCACCGAGUGGCCGGAACGGAGGCCGAGAAGUACGUUGCCAAAAAGAAGCCGGGCGUUAGUGGUAGUAAGAAAUCGAUCGCCGGUGCUCCCGCUGGUCCAGCUGCUGCUGCUGGAGGGGCUGAACAACGGAAGAGCGAUUGGCGCCGAAAGCACGAGGAAUUCAUUCAGGCGAUCCGGGCGGCAAAGGAAAUGAAAGCCUACUUGGCGAAGGGUGGAAAGCUGUCCGAUUUACCACCACCACCUCCUUCCGAGAAUCCUGAUUACAUACAGUGUCCGCACUGUUCGCGACGAUUCAAUCAGACAGCCGCCGAACGGCACAUUCCCAAGUGCGCUACCAUGCUGCACAACAAACCGAAACCGAACCAGCCCAAGGGUAAACGAUUUUAAACCUGAACGAACGGAUACUGAAGCAUCAUUACCGUAACGGAACUAAUAUCCAUGGAUCCAUAUUUAUUUUGUUAGUUUUUUUUUUUUUUGUCUUGAACUCUAAAACUUGUAUUAAUAUUUUGAUAAACGAUAUUAUUUUAACAAGACAGCGAAAAUUUGUGAACAAAAAAAUAAAAUCCUAACUCAUUGCUCGCCAUUUAUGCAAUUAAAAUGUAACUGAAUCGACCUGGCAUGAACGAUUUAUAUAUCAAGAAAAACCUACGAUACUGCUUGUUAGCUUUCCCUAAGAGGGCGAAAAACAGUAAAUCACGAUCUAUUACAAUUGCGGCUGUGUAUCGAAAAAGAAAGAAGAAACAUUAAACGAAAAUAAAUAUACUAUUGCAGCUUU